AUGGCUUCUAACACCACCAGUCACGAUACUCACGACACACAGAGGCCGAAGGCAGACGCCACCGCCGCUGCGCCUGAUGAUCCCGCCAACUCUCUCUCCCCUGAUCCGUCAACUUAUACCAAGUACAGGAGUCUCGUCAUCUCCCCAAACCUCCAUGCUGCCCUCGAGUACGAGGAACGCACGCGUCCCGGUGCGUACAACAACCUAGGUUACUCCUCAGGCUCCCCGGUCGCUGGUGGGCUGCCCCCGCCACCUCGGCCGAAGAGUCGAGGAAAGAGAGCACCCUCACCGCCAAAGUCUGCCGCUUCAUCUGCACAGAACUCCCCUACAGUUUCUCUACACUCUAUCGGCGCUGGCAAUGCGGAUGCUUCCUCGUCAAACCCUUAUAUCAACCCGGCACCGAGACUAUCGUUCCUACUGCGCGAGAACACUCUGCCGGUAGCUGACCCUACCAGUGCGCCUCACGAACCCUUGGAUGACCAGCACACGAAUGCUACUACUACACGAUUCCGUGACGAUCCACCCACAUCACCCAGAGACCCUAUACCUUCACCGCAAACCGAACUCAGAAGGGCUUCCACAGAUCUCCAGCGGCCAAACUCCCGACAUAACCGGUAUUUCUCCUCGUUAGCUCGAGUUGAGAAGAUCUUCGGCAAGGGCAAGAAUGCCCUCGGUGUAUCCUCUGAUCCCAACACGCGCAAUGAGAGACGAAUGAGUGAUGCCGGCCUGCCUGAGGCGGGCGAUGCGCAGGAGACGGGUAGUAAAGACACAGUGAUGCGUCCAUAUCGACGCAUUUUGGACCGCGGUGCGAAGUUGACCACUCCUUCGCAACAUCACUACGCGCUGAGUGCGCCGAAUUCACCGACUAAUGGAUUCCAAUCGCAAUCAGUGGCGUCGCCGUCGUCCCGUGUCGCAUCGCCGACGGCUAUUGCUGGCCAGGCGAUGGUCCCUCGGCCUUUAUUUUCCCACGCCCGCCAGGCGUCGGAUAUGUCGAUGGGCAGUCUUUCUCCCGACUCUGAGUCCACGCACAACCCGCCCUCUACCAUCACCCACACCCGUAUCAGUAUUUCCAGUACCAUAUACUCCUCUAAUAGCCGCUCCUUCGACGACUCUCACUAUCGUGCUCAAGGCCGGUCCUCCAUGAGCGCAGAUCGCGAGUCUUUUAUCGACUUUGCUUCGCCUUCCUUCUCCUCAUCCUCUUCGGAUAUCCCCCACGAGAACGGACCUAACAAGCUCGUCGUGUUUCCUUUUAGCGCGCCAGAAUCAUCCGCAUCUAAGUUCAGUCCUAAUAUCGAGACGUCGUCAUCGCCUGCGAAACCCGUACUGCCGCGCUUGACCACCACAACCACAACCACAACCGCUACGACCACCGCAAUAACGGCAACGCCAUCCGCAAAGCCCCCGUUGCCAACUGCACCGAAGCCGAAUUUUCGUAGAUCAAGGCCCACCACGCUGCACAUUUCCGCAGCAGACGCCGACCGCCAUUUCCACGGCAUGCCGCCGACGACAAAUCUGCUAAACCCACGCGAGCGGGCAGAGCUUGUCCGCAAGACACAGAAGCUCACACAUCUGUUCGGCCAGACACCAGGUGUCGCAUUGGAAAUGCCUGGUUCCGACCCCGUCAUUGACGGCUGCCUGCCGGGAAAUUUGUCGCUCAAUUUAACGAAGAGGAAGCACCACAAGGGCACGUUGUCGCUGUCUGCUGACACACUGCUGUCAGGACGUAACCCUGCGAGCGGCCAGUACACGAUUCCCGCCGUGCGAGGAAGGCCCACUCUGGCCCACCACGAGGAUAACUCCACUUAUUCAUUUUCGUUUCCAGUGAACCGCUCGUCCGAGGACAGCGCGCGUCCGUCGAGAGACGUGGGGCAUGUGAUCGAGAUAGGCUCUCAGAAAGGGGACCCGUCGAGUGAUUGGGAUAGCCAUAACGGCCACGGACGGCCAGGCCGAGGGGUGGAAUCGCCCACCUCGUUCAUAGACCUGUCAGACGAGGAGGGGGCCCAUGAUGCCAUCUCGGACCAUCACCCUGGCCAGACGCCUAAAAUCCGCAGGCGUCGCGACCGCCCACUGUCCCCUUCUUCCCCUUCUACACCGUCUCUGCUCAGCCUGUCCUCAGAACAGCAGGCGGAGGAGGAACGGCGGCGAAAGCGGGACAAGCUGGCCAAGCUCCACCGCUUCCUCGGAUCCCGCGUUCCAGCGCACCUCGUACUUGGCACGCUCGACGAGGGCGAACCCUUGCCUGAUCCAGCACCGUCGCCGCAAGGCGUCAUGUAUGAAGAAAUCGACACUAGGAAGGUCCGCAUGCCUCUCAGGCGGCGCCGAAGCAGCUCGGCGGCCGAGUUUUCUGCCACCUGGUCGAAGGAUGUCGAGAGGCUGAAGGAAGACCUAAAUGAGCGAGAGAAGGCGAUUAACGUGCGAAGGGCUGUGAAGAUGGAGAAGUUGUUCGGAGUCGCGCCCCCGCAGAAGUUGUACCACACUCGUCAGCCUGUCUUGGGACCUGUCAGUGGUGCGUCCGCGGUUCCGGGUGCGAGUGGUCCGCCACUUUCUCCCAGUUCCCCCGCGUUCGCUGCUGCACGAGGCUUGUCGACGAGUCCUCGUAGUAGCAACAUCAACCAGUCGUCCUACAAACCCAAGUGGAAGAAGCAAGCCCGUCCUGGCACUGCCGAAUCUUCCAAGCCGCUCAUCACAUCCGAGCAGGACGACAUCCUCGAUCCAUCUCAGACCCUGUCGGACGUCUACCUACACUAUCGUCAUUCAUUGAACUCGUUGAACGAUAUCAUCGACCGGGACGAUAAGCAGUCCUUGGCGGAGUUGCAUGACUACCUAAGCGGCAACCAACAAGAUCCUCUUCCUCAAUCUCCUUCAAGUGGAAUGUUUACCCUCGUUCCGCCGUCUGCGAAGGCCGACCGCCGCCACUCACUACCAUCUCGAACAUCCAUAAUCUCCGUGGCAUCGUCUGAGUUCAGCAUCGCCACUCCAACCCCAGAAGACUCGACGUUCCAAGCGCGGCGUCGCACAGCUGCCAAACUGACACAGUUCUUUGGCGUCAACUACCGCGAUCUCAUGAACGAGAUUCUAGAGAGCAUAGAGAAGGGCCUCGAGGACGAACGUGGCAGAGGCAGCUUGAGACCGGCGGAAGUUCAAGAUCUGCAGCAGAAAUUAGUGAAUCUGAAGACGAAGCGGGAUCGCUUUAACUAA